UAUUCGAAGAACGUGAAAAAUGGCUGAAAGUGUAAAGGUAGCGGUGCGGGUUCGCCCAUUCAAUUCAAGAGAAACCAGCAGAAAUGCCAAGCUUAUCAUUGAAAUGUCGGGGAAAACCACAGAGAUCAUGGACCCCGAAAACAUGUCUGCCGAACCUCGACGUUUUGCGUUUGAUUACUCCUACUGGUCACAUGAUCAGUUCAAUGAGAACAGCGAAGGCUAUUUAGAACCAUCUGGAGGCAAAUAUGCAGAUCAGAGAGUUGUGUUUGACGACCUGGGUCGUGGAGUGCUGGACAACGCCUGGAAGGGGUAUAACUGUUCACUGUUUGCGUACGGCCAGACUGGAAGUGGCAAGUCCUACUCCAUGGUGGGCUAUGGCAGCAACAAGGGGAUUGUUCCGAUUUUCUGUGAUGAACUGUUCAAGGCAGUGGAGAGCAAACGAUUGAGUGCUGGAGCUGAUGAGGAAUACCAGGUUACCUUGGGCAUGUUGGAGAUCUAUAAUGAACAAGUACGUGACUUGCUCAACCCUAAAACGAUUAGCCAGAAAGGAGGGCUGAAGGUACGACAGGACCCUAAAAAGGGUUUCUAUGUUGAACAGCUGACAUCUUGCCCAGUAAACAGUUACAAAGAGAUAGACAACAAGAUAAAUGAAGGCACUCGUAACAGGACUGUGGCUUCCACCAACAUGAAUGCCACCAGCAGUCGAGCCCAUACCAUUGUGGCCAUCACUUUCACUCAGAAGACCCCCAAUGAGACUGGACAGAGCAUGACAAGGACCGCUGUAGUCAAUCUUGUAGAUCUGGCAGGGAGUGAGAGGGCUGACUCGACUGGGGCUACAGGCGACAGACUUAAGGAAGGCUCGGCCAUUAACCAGUCUCUCAGUUCCCUUGGUAACGUUAUCAAGGCUCUGGCUGAUCUAUCAACUGGGAAGAAGAAAACUGUCGUGCCGUACCGUGACUCGGUGCUGACCAAACUAUUACAGAAUGCCCUGGGAGGCAACAGUAAAACCAUCAUG